GUUUGUGAUGUCAUCAGUGUGCGACAGAACACGCGCGUGAGGGCAUGUCAGCACGGCGUGUCUGCGCAAACGGUGUGUCUGUGUUAAUACGCGUACAAAGUUGUAGAAACAGAAGUGUGGCCGGUGUCGUUUCUUCGACGUGUGAUGAAAUAUAUAGCAAUAUAACGAAAUGUAGACGGAACCUGAGAGAUUUUCACACCGCACCGAGUGUUUUCCCAGCAAAGUUCUGCGUCAUGGAGACCAAAGAGUUAAUAAACACUGCAGAAACAGCGAAGGUGGCAGAACUAAGCGCGAGCGAGAGCAAUGAAGUACAGGAGAGCAGCAAGAAAAGGAAAAGCGAAGAUUCCGAAGAACAUGAGACACACAAACGGGGUAAGAAACGAAAAAGAAGUAAGCAGAUGAAACCUGGGGAUAGAUAUGUUCCUCCGCCGCAAAAGCGCAACCCCGGGGUUAGUUUUAACGAAGAACACUUCGCAGAAACCUCGUAUUAUUUUGAAGGAGGACUCAGAAAGGUGCAUCCUUAUUAUUUCGAUUUCAAGACCUACUGCAAGGGACGCUGGGUCGGGAAAACCCUGUUAGAAGUCUUCAGCAGUGAAUUUCGUGCAGAACCCCUGGACUACUACAGGAAAGCAAUUAAAGAAGGACGGAUUCAUCUGAAUGAAAUACCUGUCGACGACCUGAAUAUAACUCUGAAGAAUAAUGACUUCAUGAGGAACACUGUGCAUCGGCAUGAACCCCCCGUGAAUGGCCAGCCCCUGCAGGUCUUAGUGGAUGAUGGUGAAGUGGUGGUGGUCGAUAAACCUGCCUCGUUGCCUGUACACCCGUGUGGCCGCUAUCGCCACAACACAGUCAUCUUCAUUCUGGGGAAAGAGAGAGGUCUGUGCGGUCUUCACACUGUGCAUCGCCUUGACCGCCUCACCUCAGGCAUCCUUCUGUUUGCUCGCACUUUGGAGACGUCCCAGAAACUAGACCAGAUGGUUCGGGAUCGACAGUUGGAGAAGGAGUAUGUUUGUCGUGUGGAUGGGGAAUUUCCUGAUGGUGAGAUUGUGUGUGAAGAACCAAUUCUUGUAGUCUCAUUCAAAGUGGGCGUCUGCAGAGUGGAUCCCAAAGGCAAAGACUCCCGCACAGUUUUCCAGAAACUCAGCUAUAAUGGUCGCUCUAGCGUUGUGCGCUGUCUUCCACUCACGGGACGUACACACCAGAUCCGCGUCCAUCUCCAGUAUCUGGGCUUCCCUAUUCUCAAUGACCCUAUUUACGGCUCUUCUGCCUGGGGACCAGACAGAGGCAAGGGAGGCCUGGUGGGUAAAAAUGAUGAGGAGCUGCUGGAAGCCCUUAUCGAGGAGCACCGUUCCAAGGAAAGUUUGCACCUGUUGGAUAUCUCUGAUGAAGGGUUGUCUGGAAAGGGCGAGUCUAACACAGGCACUGGAGGAGGCGAUGUGGUUAACAAUGCCCUGACGGUCAGGACUGAACAUGUAAAAACCUCAUGUGAUGAAUUAACUACGACUUUAAAUGACAAGGAAGCAGAAACAAAUAGUACACAGGCAACUGAGAGCUGUUCUCACUCUAAGGAAUUAUCCGGAACUGCGAACAUGACCAACGUAGUCAGAGAUCAUUUAUGUACGGAGUGUAAAAUUGUUCGACCUGACCCUACAGACAAAGAGUUGAUCAUGUACCUGCAUGCAUUACGCUACAAGGGGCCUGACUUUGAGUACUGCACACAAUUACCUGACUGGGCUAAAGAAGACUGGGUACAGGAGUGAAAUAAUUUUUUACUUUAUUUCCUUGUCUUUAAAAUAUUUAAUUUGUUUAAAAAAAAAAAGUGAAUAAUUGGAUUUUUAUUUUAAAGGAAAAAUUUGAUCAAGCAUUUGUAAAAUUUUCAUUUUAAAUAAAACGGCUUUCAAUUAAAAUGUAAAGCUGAGUGAGCAAUCUAUGGAAAAAGAGACACAAUCAUAUGAAGUUCUUUAGACUUGUAUUCUCUGUUUAUUCUGUGAUUCGGGUCAUGUCUCAGUAAAAUAUAAACGUUUCCAUUUGACUAAAUCAACUUUCUCAGUAACAUUUACAUAAUAUUCUUUUUUAAUUCUUUAAAACUGACAUUACAUAUCAACAUAAAAACUAUUAGAACAACAUGUUUCUUAAACUUGACAUCACUUUGUAAAUAACGUACAGUAAUUAUUACUUUUUACAUUUGGCACUUUGUACACUUAAACGGUAUGACAGCAUUCCAGACAUUUCGGGUUGCUGGCAUACUAAUAAAACACUGACCUCAGUUUAUUUAAAAGGCUGUUCAACAAUGCUGCCAUUAGUAAUCCACUUCAGUGUGUCAAUGCUUAAUCAAUUGACCAGCCCGGCUAAUGGCACAACUAUGGCAAAGAAUUUAAAUUAAUUAAAAGGGCUAUUUUAUUAUCAUUAAAUGGCUUUUUAUACAUUUUAUAGUAAUUCAGUAGUUACUAUACUAAGUCUCACAUAAUGUAGCACCACAAUUCAAAGCAAGAAAACCUGUCUCAAUAUUAAUGAAUGUACACCAUCCCAGCAAAUACUGGCAUAUAAAGACAAGCCUUCAAUGUGUGGAACUGAAAAUAACAGCUAUUAAAUUCUGAGGGAAAAAGUAAAAUUUAAAAGUUUAGAUUCUGUCAUUGUUAUAAGAAACACAUUAGAUCAUGUCGGUUAAAGGAGCUGAUACCAUUAAUGGUUUAAAUGCAAAUGUUUAAAUGAAACUGUGCAGUUAACCAAAUAAGAUUUAAAUCAUAGCAAUGACCAGUAAAAUUAUUUAAUCACAAAAGGCUGCAAUUUAUUAGAUGCAAUAUACCCAUAUUUAGGAAUUUAUGUAGGGCUUAUCCAUAAUUUUAAUAAUAAUUUAACUUUUGAGAUGCUAAGAUGCUGUGACUUUAGACACAGUACCAUUUGUACCAUUAGCCUAGAUAAAUACAAUAAAAUAGUAAAAGGUACAUUUAACAAUUACGUAUCACAGUACGAGUCUAAAUAAUCACAAUGUGAUUUUUUUUAUCAAAUCGUGCAAGCUCUAUGUUCAAGCUACUUUCAGUUUUUAGUUCAUUUAUAGUUGGAAUACUGGUUUCCUACCCUCAAAAUGUCUAAUAAAUUUAAAACUAAAAAGUUCAGUACUGUGCAAAAACACAUCAUUUCUUCAUAAUGGCAUCCAAAGUUUCAGACUUUCUUGUAAUUUUAUUUAACGUAUGCUUAAGCAAAAGUUCUCCAGGCUUCCUGACCAGGAAUGUUUUUUGUCUGUUGAGCCAAACAGAGCUAUAAUUUAGUCAGAACAGAUGAGAGGGGAAAUAAGGUUGCUGCUUAGAAUGUUAUGUAUGUACAGUGGAACCUUUACGAACAUAAUUCAUUCCAGAAACGGGCUCGUAUUUCCAAACACUCAAAGUAAGUUUCCCCAUAAGAAAUACAUACAUAAAAAUAAUUAAUACAAAAUUUAAAGUAAAAACAAAUUAACCCGCACUUUACCUUUGAAAAAAGUAAAAAAUAAAAUAAAUCCCGACAAAUAAUUGUUUCCGUUUAUGCGCGCAGGAGCUGUGUGUGUGUUUGUGUGUUAAGCUAAAGCAAGUAGAGAGGAGGAAUUGGACCCUCCCCUCUCCCUCUUUUUGUCUUAGACAGUAAACUUCCUCUUCUCUUAUUUGAGUUUUGCGCACACACGCGUGCAUUAACGGAAAAAUUACCAAGGAACAUCGC